GGAAGCAGCUUCCAGCCGGGUGCUCGCAGCGUUUCUCCCGGACAGCGCUGGGUCCGGCCUUCCCGGCCCGGAGUGCCUAGGACAGCACUUGGGGAAGUGAGAAAAAGAAUCAAGCGGCAGGCUGCCGGAGGAAGAAUGGGCGCACAUGAGUGUCUAUAAGGAGAAUCCCACCUCCUUUAAAAUUAAAGCCUAGCAGUCCUGAGCUGUUGCAAGUCCAAAUGUCUGCAAAAUUGAAAGAGUCAUCAACACUCCUUCCACAAACUUCAGAGAAGCCUGACAGGAUUGUGAUAGUGAAGACAGAAGAGGAAGAGCAGGCCUAUGAUCCAGACCCCAGCCUCCACUGGACCAGCUGCCAUAGCCCAGAGACCUUCCGCCAGCGGUUCAGGCAGUUUGGCUACCAGGAUUCACUUGGGCCCCGGGAGGCUCUGAGCCAGCUCCAGGAACUUUGUCAUCUCUGGCUAAGGCCAGAGGUGCACACCAAGGAGCAGAUCCUUGAACUGCUGGUGCUAGAGCAGUUUCUGGCCAUCCUGCCCAAGGAGCUACAGGCCUGUGUGCAGAAGCAUCAUCCAGAGAGUGGAGAGGAAGCCGUGACCAUGCUGGAGGAGCUGGAGAGAGAGCUCGACAGGCCAGCUGAGCAGGUCUUCUUUUCUGGACGAAGAAAGAACGUGAUUACAGAGAAGCUAGCACCUUGGGAAAGCACUGAAGAGUUACCAAGUAGCCAGCUCAAGCCUGUAAAGAAGCAGCUCCAGGGGGCAUCGUGGGAGCUGCACUCCUUAAGACAGAAUGAUGAUGACACCAAAACUAUAAAUGUGAAAUCAACUUUGAGGCAAAAGACUUCUUCAGGCAUAGAAUGGCAUUGCAAUGUUUCCAACACCCUUCAUAUGAAUGCCUCCCAGAGUUUCACAUAUAGAGCAACCUGUGAACAAGAUGGCAGGUUUGAAAGAAGACAGGGAAACCCCUCUCGAAAAAAACAACACAAGUGUGAUGAAUGUGGCAAAAUUUUUAGCCAGAGCUCAGCCCUUAUUUUACAUCAGAGAAUCCACAGUGGAGAGAAACCUUAUGCGUGUGAUGAGUGUGCAAAGGCUUUCAGCCGAAGUGCAGUUUUGAUUCAGCAUCGAAGAACCCACACUGGGGAAAAACCCUACAAAUGUCAUGAAUGCGGCAAAGCCUUUAGUCAGAGCUCGAAUCUUGUAAGGCAUAGGAAAAGACACACUAGAGAAAAAGUCCCAUUAGUGUCAUGAGGGAAUCAAAGCAUUUACUAAGAACUUUUUCAGCACAAGAGAAGACACAAGGUAUACUCCCUUAGUAUAAAUUGGUGGUUUUAGUGGGCCCCAGUUUCUUUUCAAGGGUCAUAAAAGCCAUAGGAGAGAAUGUGGAAUAUGUCAUUUGCUUUUCUACUUAUCAGUACAGCGUCAGUUCAGAUGUUUGAGAUUCCAAAGCUUAAUUCGGCUUUCCAUCCCUAAGUAGCCCUUGAAAAGACAUUCUCAGACAUAGUCUACUAUUUCCAUUAUUAACACAGAUAAUGAACUAGUGUGUACUUUUUUAUAUAGUUAUUUUUUUCCCCUGUUUAGAAGGAAUGUGUGACUGACUCAGCAUAGAAAAGAUAUUCUCCAUUUCGUAACUUGAGCACUAGAACUCUAAAGACCAGAGAUUAAAGCCCAUUUUAGCAAAUUUCUCAUUCGUGUUUUGUUACGAGAUUCAAAAUAUGACAGUAGUAUCGACCCAAAACAGUAUAUACCUCUAGACAUAGGCUGAAGUGUCCAGGGUCAUUGUUAGAAGGGAAAUGAAUAAAGGUCCCUAAAAGGACCUUAUGAAAGAUCACAAGAGCCUACACACUACUGAUGAUAUUAAGGAAUUUCCUCUGUUGGAAAAAAUAGUCUCUUUUACAAUGUAAUUUGGAAAUAACUCAAUGGAAACAUUAAGAUGACUUUGCACAUGUCUUCAAGGAGUGGCCUAAACAUAAGGAAUGUUUUCAUAAUAAAUGAGGUGCUAUUCUGUGGGUGCUUAUAUAAGAUUGAUGAUCAUCUUAAUAUAAAGAAAAAAAAAGGAAAGUCAAACUAAAAAAAAAAAAAAAAAGGGAGAAGAAGAACAGUACCAUCCAAACAAAACUGAUGUAAUACAAAUGUUGGCAAGUGCAGUGCAUAAUGGAGAAGUAUACCAGAGCUUACCUGGAAAAGGAAGCCCCUAACAGCUGAUGACUAUCAUUCAGUAUUCUUCGUGUCCCCUUUUCUGGCAUAAAUCAGCUGUGAAUAUGUUUCAAGCAUCACAAAACAGCCUUUUCAGGGUCUUACGCAUUCUUAGUAAGAUGGGUUUCUAGACGUGCUGUCACAAAAUGAGACCCUGGAUGAUGAUGAUGUACAAAUGAAGAAAUUAUUAAAGUUCAAUUUAAAGAGUGUACUAUGUCCCUUGUGAACAAUUGUUGAACCUCACCAUUAUAGUGGGAUAUCUUAUUUGGACUAUCAUCUUUAGGAUAUAGGUAGCUAGAAGUUUUACCCAUGUUUAAUCCAAACAGACUCCUUGUUUAAAACUAAAAUGACUGACGUGUGUUAUUAGAAUUAUUCUGACAGUAUACAACAUAAUGUUCUU